AUGCAGAGCCAGGUCCUGAAUCCAACAGCCCAAGGAUCUGCAGGCGUCAGCCAGAAAACUGUUGCUUUGCAGCUGAAAUGCAAGAAGCCACUGCAGGCUGACAAGGGGCCAAUUCAGCGAGAGGCGGUGACCUUCCAGGGAGGGUCCUGGCACGCCCUGGGGGCAGAGCAAGAGCAGGCAUUAGCUGUUCUCGUAUGAGCGCUGCAGGCUCUCACACCUACAGGCUUCCAGGAAUUUAAGAUGAAGUUAUCGGAGGCUCAUGUGGAAGUAGGAUGGAAUAUCCCCAAGGAUUUGCAGGCAAAGGCCGCGCACCCUUGCAGUCUUGCCAGCUGCAUGGGCAAGAACUACAGCAAAGACACUGCAAUGGACAUCGUGAUUGGGUUGUUUGAAGAGAUAAACCAGAGAGACCUUGCUGAGAAGGUGAAAGGUAGGAAGCCAGUGUACGUUUUGCUUUUUGAAACAAUCGAGUAUGCUGACAAAAUCAUCAGGUGCAGGAUUUCACCACGAGCCAGGGAAGAUUUGAUGAGAUGGCUUCAGGUGAGGCACAGAGGCAGCUCCCAUCCCAGCUAAGCAAUGAAGGUUUCCAAGUUGGACACUUUCCACUUCCUAUUCAAGAUGAACAAGGAAGGCUUCACGCAAAGCGCAUUGGGUCAUUUCAUCGACAUCAACUUGCAGAACGUCAAGUUGAUCUAUGACCAAAUGGCUCUUUCCUUCUGCAUCCGGCACCGGCCUGGGCUGGGCUGCGUCACACUCUGGGGAUGCUCCUUCCACCAGCAGGAUCCCGAGGAGGAGCUGGCCACAUCACUGCCCUGUUCCGGUGCCUCAGGAGUUGGAGGAGGUUCCUGUCCCAUCGCUGAGUGGCAGCAAGAGGAGCUGCACUCCCCCAUCCACCUGCUCUGCCAGGCACUGCGGCACCUGGGCAGCAACCUGCUGCAGUGGUGCCAGCUGUCAGAGAGCUGCUGUGUAGAGCUGGAUGAACACCCCAGCCUGGCACAACUGGAGCUGGGAGAUGGCACGUUGGGUGAUGCUGGCAUGCGCCUGCUCUGCAAGGGGCUGCAGCAGCCCAACUGCCACCUGCGCGUCCUGAGGUGACUGUGGUACUCCCACCUCACCAGUGCCUCCUGUGAGGACCUCACCACCAUGCUGGGCACCAGCCCGUACCUGGAGGAGCUGGAUUUGUCCUUCAGCAAGGGGUUGCGCGAUGCCAGCGUGAAGCUGCUGUGCAAGGGGCUCCAGUGCUGGACCUGCCAGCUGCGGUUGCUGUGGCUGGGGAGCUGCCAGUUGACGGGCGCCUGCUGCCAAGCCCUGGCUGCUCGGCUGGUGGAGAGCCCUGGUCUUACCUGCCUCGACCUGAGCAACAAUGAGCUGGGAGUUGAUGGUGUCCUGCAGCUCCGCCAGCAGCUCCGGCAUUCCACCUACCCGCUGUGGGUGCUGAGCCUGAGCAUGUCUGAGUUAAACGAGGAAGCGCUGCAGGAGCUGGCGUUGCUGCGGAUGCUGAAGCCAAACCUGAAGAUCGGGUACCUCCUCGAGCAGGAUGUGCCGCAAGCACGGGCCAUGGUGCGGCUGCCCUUCUACCGCGGGGUCCCGCCGGGGGGCAGAGGUUCAGCAGGCAGAAAGCUGCUCCCCUUCAGUAGGAGAGGUCCCUGCAACAACCAGAGCCGUUUCUAACCCAGGUCUUGAAGUUGAGGAGGAGCCUCCUUGGGUUUGAAUCUGCCUCACAUGUAGGCAUCUGGUGGGGGUUGGGCAGAGCCUGUCCAGGUCUUUCCCUCUCCCGUUAUCCCAAGUGUGGUGGUGGGAAGAGUUCUGUGUGUGUUUGCCAAUGCCAAAU